AUGUCUCAUUGCGAGAUGGCUUCAAAGCCGCUGCUACGGUAUUUGCGCCAAUCUUCAAACAGAAUCUCGCUUUCCUCGCUGCAGUCGAAACGUUUAUUCCAGACGACAGCCGUGUCGCACGAUGAAGCCCCCGUCGAGAACCAACCACUACCUUUCCACAAAAACCCCGAUCCUGCGUUAGUAUCGAGCCCUCGCUUGGAAAGGAAGCUUAUGAAGUCCGGUGUAUCUCCAAUUGGUUCUCGAAGACGUCGUGCUGCCCUUCAAGGAUCGGAGAACAUCCCCUUCGAACUUCUCCCGUAUCAAUGUUUCCAGGAAGCACGCAAGGUUCUUCAGUCGGAUCGCGAGGAUAAAUUGAAAGAUAUUGCCAAAGAACAAGCGCGAAUUGAUCGAUUACGGGCUCUUUCUGAUGAGCAAGCCGGAGGUGCAAAUGUGAAAAGAUCCAAGCUUGGAGCCAUGGAGAAACAUUUGGAAAACUUGAAGGUCUGGGCCGAUAUUAACGAUCCGGUGGUCAAGAGAAAAUUCGAAGAUGGACAAGGUGACAUGAACCUGCCUGUAUACCGACAUUUGGCAGACAAAAAGUGGAGGGAAUACCGACGCCUAAUUAUCGUUCAGAGAAUCACGCAGAUGAAUGUCAUUCCUGACGUGCUCCCUGCUUGCGACCCGACCAUUGAUGUCAAGCUGUACUUUGAUGGCAAAGCCAUCUCUCCCGGAUCGUUCGUUGAUUCUAGGCUCAGCAUGAGCGCGCCCAAGUUAAAUGUGCAAUCAUUCGAGGCAGGCCAAAAGCUCGUUACAAUCGCAGUUGUCAAUCCCGAUAUCCCCAAUGUCGAAACAAACGGUUUCGAUUACCAGUGCCACUAUCUCGCCGUCAACGUCCCCAUCUCUCCCACAGACACACAUGUUGAUUUGGCCAAUCUGCCAGAAACCGCUGAGACUUUGCUUUCCUGGCUCCCGCCCGCAGCUCAGAAAGGUGCUCCAUACCACAGACUAUCCUUCUUUGUGAUGGAGCAAAAGAACAACCAGCCAUUAGACGCCGCUGCCGUCAAGAACGGGCUCGAAAGAUUUGACUUCCGUCUCCGAGCUUUACAAUCAAAACACCAGUUGAAACCCGUUGGCGCGGCGCUUUUCCGUACACAGUGGGAUGAGAAUACCGAUGCAGUCAUGAAGGAAUUGGGCAUGGAUGUUGCAGGUCUCGAAUUGCGCAGGAAGAGAGUUGAGCCUCUACCAUACAAGAGGAGAAACCCAUCAUCGUUCCGAUAG